UGGCAGGCGCAGGCGGGCGGCCGGUCCUGCCUGCCUGCCGGUCGGGGUUCAUGGCAGGGGCCGGGGCCGGGUUAGGGCGGCGGCUGUGAGUGUAGGAAGAGGCUCGGGAGUGCAUGAGGUACGGCCGUGGCGCGGGUCUACUGUGUCGGAGGGCGGCGGUCGGUGCAGUUGUCGCGGCUGGGCCGAACGGGGACUGCGGGCGGCGUGCGGGUCGUGUGACUGUCGUGUGGGAAAUUAACUUGGGCUGGUGCCCACUGCUGUUGCUGUUGGUGCUGCUGCUGCUGCUGACACUUGAGAAGAGGGUGCUGCUGCCAGGCAGUGCAGCUGCAUCAAUCGAGAACGUCCCGUACGGAAGACGUGCUCGACUUACCCCUCGACCCCUCCACGACCCGACCCCGCCAGUCCAUGGCCCCAGGUGUGGGCGGCAAGGAGCCCGAUGGUUUCCAGGGCAGGCCCCUCGACGAGCUGGAUGGUCCCGAAUUCCUGGGCGGCAUAGGUGUGUCUGUGAAGGUCGGGGAGCUGCGGCCGCGGCCCGAGUUGGCCGACAAGGCGGACAGCUCGGCUGUGCCGUGCGUGUUCGCUCCCGACGACAGCCGCGUGGCCUGGUCCUGCGGAGACCGCAAGGUGGUCAUCCUGCCCUGGAACAAGCACAAAAACUGCCUUGUGCGGGACAACUGCCGCGAUGCGGACGGCAGCCAGCUCUGUGACCAGGAGGUGGUCCUCUCCACGGGCCUGGAGGUGUGCGCCAUGGCCUUCUGGCUGGGCCUCCGUCAGCCCACCGACGGACGGCGCGGCUCCUGGAAAAGGUUUGACUUCACGCGUACCCCGGUGCUGGCCACCGGUCACCCAAACGGCCGCGUCCGCCUCUGGAGUCUGGAGACGGGCAGCUUGAUGCUGGAGUUGAUGGACCACCGCGGUGCCGUCAGGGACAUCCAGUUUGCCCCUGACGACUCGCUCCGACUGGUGUCCGCGUCGGCGGACAAAACCCUCAAGGCGUGGGACCUCACCGACGACGGUAACAUGUUCAAGACGCUGUCCGACUGCCGCUCGCCGGUCCUCCGCUGCUCGUGGCGCCCCGAUGGCAAACAGCUGGUGGCCUGCGGGCAGAGCAAGCUGCUCUACGUGUUCGAUAUGGUGGAUUACAAGCGACAGAUGGUGCUGGAGGGCCACUACAACGAGGUGACGUCAUGCUCUUUCACCUGCGACGGCAGCCUCAUAGUUUCCUCCUCGCACGACACGCGCGCCAUCGUGUGGGACGCAGAGACAGGCAAACCGCUGCGGACGCUGUUCCACCUGAACCCUCCCCCGCGGCUCAUCUUCGCCGCCGGAGAGAACGGGGCCUGGGUCAAGGCGGCUGUCAUGUCUAGGGCCAUGUGCCAGACGGCCACAGUCUGCGAGGACGGCCUGGUGCGGUUCUGGCACCCGUGGCAGAGCUGGGAGGAGCCGGCGCUCUCUGUUCCCGUCCCUCGCUCCAGUGAGGAGGAGAUUCCCACCUCCUGUGCUUACAACGCAGCAGGCACGGUCAUCGCCGUUGGCACGAGCCGGGGCGCGGUAACGUUCCUCACCGUACCCAAGUACAUUCCUCCCCUGAGCCACCUGGCGCGCCGAGCAGUGCGCCGGGUCACCUCAGGUAGGCAGGUGGAACAGCUCCCUUUGCCCGGUGCCGUGCGAGGCUUCCUCUGCUACGCGCACUGAACGGCUGUGAUCACGGCGCAGAGGAGCGAGGGUCCGCAGGAUGGCGUGUGUAUGUAUAUACGGAUGUGUGGUUCUUGGUGUGACGUCAGAAAUGUCGUGUGUGACGUCCGAUAUGCGUUGUGACGUCGGCUGGUGCCGUGUCGAAUGGCGCGCUGUGUACGGUGUGUAAUUGUAUUCCAUGGUGCGGAGCGGGCGUGGGUCGGAGCUGUUGGCUGGUUGUCGGCCCGGCAGUGUUGCACUGUUGCACAGUACAGUUGUUCUGUCGCGGUACCCGGUGCGUUGUGCAAUAGGAGGCGCCGCGCGGCGGCUGCGGUCCGACCGUCACUGUUCGGGGGCUGGUCACCGGCGCUGACCGGCGCUCUCCGACACACAGAACCUGAGCAGGGAGCCGCUGGUCGCCACAGCCGGAGACGCGGCCUGCGUGCGGACGCGUCGGAGAGGUGCCUUUCGUCCUCCCUCCUUCCUUCCCUCCGCCCGAGUUUUCGCUAGCUGUAUCGUGUAUUGUCGGGCGAGUUUGGCGGCGCUACGGAGAGAGAUUGGUCGCGCCGCUGCACUUUUGUCGUUUGUUGUAUUAUAGAACUAUAUUGGAACUGGAAAUGUUUUACGCUGGACUGAGAGUUUGUUGCAAUAAACUAAGUCACCUUU